AUUUGUUAGGUUAAUAACAAACGAAUCUAUAUACAAUAUGGAUAUAUGUGAUUGCACAAAUGAUAGUUUAACACAUGUAGAGAGAGGCCGUCUACUGUAGAACAUUCGAUACAUUUAUUCUCUCAUUGGAGUAACAGAUACCUGGACUUAGAGUAGAAAAAAAUACAGGAAAUUAUUUGAGAAAAACUAAGUUAACAAAUAAGUCUGGAUAAAUGUGUUGAAACAUGAAGUUACAGAAAAUCAUAGAUUAAAAUAAAAAUUUGAGAGAAUCUACAGAAGAAAUUAUUAUCUGUCGUGAAUCGUAUAACUAGGUUGAUCUUAUAAUUAAAUCACACCUAUGGAAUACCUACGUCUAAUCAAUGUCUUUCAAACCUAAUAUAAACUUACAGUUCAUGCAAGUGUUAAAAUAAAAUAAAGGUUAUGUUGAACUUAACAGACAUUGAAGGAAUGAACGUAACAUUGUGUUGCAAUACAUCUGAUGUCAUUACACACUUGCCAUGGAAUGCAACGGAAAAUGUGACUACGGGUGCGAAUAAAGAGGCAGAGUGUGGAAACGAAACGGAGGCCGUCGUGUCGGAAUAUCUCUGGAAAAUAUUUCCGCCCAUUUUGUUUUUUAUUGGAUUGACUGGAAACUGUUUGACAAUCGUAGUUAUCAAAAGACUUGGAUUUAGAAAACAACCCACACUGACGUUCCUUCUGUGUCUGGCAAUCAAUGAUAUUAUUGUCUUAUGUACGGGACUGCCUAGGUACUGGAUUCUCUAUGUGUUCGACUAUGAUCUCAAAACGGCAAGUAAUGCCAACUGCAAACUGUAUUAUUUCUUUCUGUACAUGACGAUGCAAUACUCUUCAUGGAUUCUUGUCGGUGUCACAGUGGAAAGACUAGUCAAAGGGUAUUUUCCAAUGAAGUACAGGAGGAUAUACAGCUACAGGAAAGUGAUAAUCGAACUCCUCGUAACUCUGUUUAUUUUAAUUCUAGUCAAUGGACAUUUCUUUUUUACAAAUGGUAUUAAUGACUUCACGGAGGGUAACUGUAGUUCCCUCAAUCCUGACUUCCGUUAUUUCGACGAGAAUGUGUUUAUAUUCAUUGACUUUUCCGUUCUCAGCGUUAUUCCUUUUAUAAUUAUGUUGGUGUGUAACAUUCUACUCGUAAAAGUCCUCAGACAAGUACAACGGGACCGAGUCUCUAUGAUGCAUCAAUCAGUUUAUAGAAAAACUAGCCGUUUUAGUGUUAAAAUGACGAAAAUGUUAGUCUUGUGUACAUUCUAUUUCUUAAUUGCCACAGCACCGAUCUCAAUAUAUUUUAUACUUGACACUUACCUGAAACCCGAGCAUGUAAGCAACUACAACUGUCUGGCAUGGAGUAUCACCUACCUACUUCAGUAUUCUAACUCUUGCAUAAACUUCUACCUAUAUACUGCUAUGAACGACAGAUUUUAUAAAGAACUCAAAGCUUUGCUACGCUGCCGUCGGAGCUUACGUAUGAUGAGAUUAUACACCACACAGCGACAAGGUAGCAGCGGUCGAAGGCUAGCGCCAUCAGUGAUGUCUACAAGUGUUGGUUUGGACAACGCCGUUUCUGAAGAAAUUUGUGUCUAAAAAUAAAGGAAUAUAUAGAUAUUGACAGUAUGUCCAAAUACAUCCGUUUUAUACGAAAAACCAGUUUUCCAACUGUGUUCUGUCAAUUGUUCACUAGUUCUGUGACAGUAUUCUUUAACUGUGUGGCAGCUUUCGGAUUAGAAACUUCCUUCAACUCGUAGGAAAACGUAGAAUUUAUUCUUAAUAGAUGAUUCGGAAGUCAAUAAAUUCAUAGCUACAUUUGCAGCAACAGAUUUUGUUUUUUAUGUUAGGAUUUUCACAUUAUUCCUUUAGAGAAUUUUACAAAUGUUAAACACCUGUUUUAGUAUACAUUACAAUCACUGUUGUUUUCAGUUUACACAUAUACAUUUCAUGUCACCAUUAAGUUGCAGAUUUCAUUUUACAGCUCUAAUUUCCCGCCUUUCUAUAUUAUUUAGCUGUUAAUUUUGAGGCAUGAAUGUUUUAAACCUGUAAAUUUCAACUGUAUUUCUGCUCGCUUUGUCAGCAUGUUAUUGUAAAAUACUCUUUUUUUCAAUCCCUCCAUAGCUGCAAAGUAGGUUCUGAAAGUAUAAAUGGUAGCAUAAAAAACGCAUCUGUGUCUGUUAAAACAGCUUAAUAUAAACAAUGUCUCA